AUGUCAUUCGCACCUAUAACAGGUGGAUCUCCAAGGACGAGUUCACCUUUUGGUUUCGAUUCAUCUUCUUCUCGUUUCAGUGCCUCUAUUACCCCUGAUAUCGAUGACGAACGCUCCAUCUAUACGUCACCGACGCCGGUCAGUCGCAGUCUAAAAGCAGACAAUGUCAAAGAAAUCUAUUUCAAAGCCCAUGUUGAGGAAAUGCUUGAAGUAAAUCGGAAGGAAUUGGAAGAAGGUGAGGAUUCUGUUAUCAACGUACUUGGAGUAUUAUCCGUUAUUUCGUUUUUCCAUUUUUUCUCUUGUUUUCCUCCCUUUUACCAAAGUUAUGGUUUUUUCGGAGAGGUCUCAGCGUUCUAUUCCAUUAUUCUCUCCUAUCUUUCCAUUGCUUCGUGUGAGCAUUUCUAUUUUAAUUUUUUCUAUUUUUAA